CCUCCGGGAUGCGAGUCCCUGAGCCGACGCCCGGGAGGGGCGGGCACCCGUGCGGCUGCGCCCGGUGCACAGGGAUGCUACUGAUCCCGGGGCCCGGGCGCCCGGCCCUGGCCAGUCCCGCGGGCCCCUAAAGCCGCCGCGUGAAUCGCAGCACCACCGGGCUCCCAUAGCUGUCCCUGAUACCCCUCCCCACCACCGAACCUCUCGCUGUCCUCUCUGGCUGGGACCCAUGGAGCCGGCGGUGCUGUCUCCGCACAACCUUCCGCAACACGAGCCAAUCAGCUUCGGCAUCGAUCAGAUCCUGAGUGGUCCCGAACCCCCGGGGGGCGGCCUAGGCCCGGGCCGAGUGGGCCAGAGCCACGGAGAGAGUGCAGCGUUCUCCGGGGGAUUCCACGGUGCCUCGGGCUACAGUGCUGCAGGCUCGCUGGCCUCGCUGCCCAGCGGCUCCGGAGUGGGCCCGGGUGGCGUGAUCCGCGUCCCAGCACACCGCCCGCUGCCGGUGCCGCCGCCCUCGGGUGCGGCCCCAGCGGUGCCGGGGCCCUCGGGUUUGGGCGGCGCCGGGGGCCUAGCCGGACUCACCUUCCCCUGGAUGGACGGCGGCCGCCGCUUUGCCAAGGACAGGCUCACGGCCGCGCUCUCACCCUUCUCCGGGACGCGCCGCAUAGGCCACCCCUACCAAAACCGGACGCCCCCGAAGCGGAAGAAGCCGCGCACCUCCUUUUCCCGCUCGCAGGUGCUGGAGCUGGAGCGGCGCUUCCUGAGGCAGAAGUACCUGGCCUCCGCGGAGAGGGCGGCGCUGGCCAAAGCCUUGCGCAUGACCGACGCGCAGGUCAAGACUUGGUUCCAGAAUCGACGCACUAAGUGGCGGCGCCAGACUGCGGAGGAGCGCGAGGCAGAGCGGCACCGUGCCGGACGGUUGCUGCUGCACCUGCAGCAGGACGCUCUGCCUCGGCCGCUGCGGCCGCCGCUGCCCCCAGACCCGCUCUGCCUGCACAACUCGUCGCUUUUCGCGCUGCAGAACCUGCAGCCCUGGGCAGAGGACAACAAAGUGGCUUCCGUGUCCGGACUCGCCUCAGUGGUGUGAGCGGCCCGUGCCCCGUCCGCUGAGCGUCUUUUCCCCGAUGGAGAGAGGCACCGGAUGGAGCACCAUCCAGGCCGGGUGUGGUGUAGAAGCUGCUACAGGCUCGCUCUCCUGGCGGCGGCCGAGUGUAAGAAGAGCAGAAGCCUCCCGACUAGCUGGGAGCUCCUUGGCCACCGGUGGGCUCCGAAUCGUGCCGGAUGAUGCCGAGCGCAUAGACGCUGCCUUUCUCGCCGCUUUUCACAGACUGGGUGUUAAGCAUCGGGGAACCUGGGACUCACUCGAGAGCGAGACCUGCAGGACAGUAGUCAAUGAGGCUCAGGGACCCUGGAUUGUGUGGUGAGGACGCGCAGCCCUGGGGUCCUGGGAGCGCCCGGCAGCUUGGUACAGUUCGGGGAAGCAGCCACUGUGCUGGUGUGAAGAAAGACAAGAACAGCAGGGUAAUGCCGUGACAGGGGAAUGUGGCUGACUG